AUGGCGGUCAAACCAGAAGACGAAGAUUUUCCAGACGAUUUCGACGUGGCGUACGCCCAGUUUGCCAGCAACAUGAGUCGCCCCGAAAGUUCGGCCGAACCCGAGGCAGGUGAACAGCCGCAGGCGGUUUUGAACGAGCGAGAGUACAAUGCGUUCACUGAGUUCCUGGAUCAUGUGUUGGUCGAUCCAUUGGCCGCUCGAAAGGAUGAGGUUCACUGGCUCGAUCUGUCCAUGUACAACGGACGUCAGCCAACUGGGCUGUAUGUUCCUAUGGAACGGGUUGCCAAGACCAAAGCGACUAAAGAGUUGGGUAGCAACCCGAAGCGGGCCAAAGUCGAAGGGCACGCACAACAACCCGAGAUGGUUUUGCCCACACAGAAAAUGACAGGCCUCAAUCCCAACCCUCUGCUAUCCGCUGCGAAUGCACCCACACCUGAGCCGACUGAUGAGGAGCUUCCGCAGGCCCGCAAUCGAACCGGACAAAACAUCAAAGAUAUACUUUCAAGUGGCACUGCCUCAUUACAGCCCAAUAAUCUUGUUGCGCACCAACCCCAGACUCGGACCUCUCAAGUGCCGCACAAUCUCGCCCGAGCGCCAAUUGUGUAUACCCCGGCGCCUAUGGUUCCGCAGCACAUUUCUCAACAGUUUGCUCACCCUCAGGUGCAACCUGGUGGUAUGCCUCGAGGUCUACAGCCGAACCCCAUGAUGUCACUCCAAGUGGCUGCAUCCAGCGAUUUUUAUAAGGGGUUUGUGGAACCACCUAAAUUGCCCGAAGAAAAAGGCGUUGAUAAUCUUAUUCAAGCACAUAUGGCUGCCCAGCGAAGUCGCAGUAUCAUGAGCACCACGACGCCCGAAAUUAGUGAGGUGAUUUCCACCGCGAUCCCUGCUUCGACGUCUGGACUUAGUCCUAAUAGCCCCGCCAAUUCCCGCAGCAGCGAAGAAGGGUCCAAUAUCACGAGAAGGCGACGCGAAUACCUCAGCGUGGACCAGGUGCGUCAAAACCACAUAAACAGCGAAAAGCGACGACGAGACCACAUCAAACAGCUGUUUUCAGAAAUGUGCUCGCUUGUGCCAGCAAUAAACAGCGGAGGCUCUGCUGGAUCCAGUGCAGGGCCUCCGAAAUCUGUUGUCAUGCAGACCGUCUACGGAUUUAUUGUUGACAUUGCCGAGCAAAACCGCCAGCUCCGAAGAGUUCUUGUGCGCUCUGGUAUUAGAACUGACCAGAUCCCGGCCUACAAGUUGUCGCCUCCAUUGCCUAAUGCCGAUGAAGACGCAGAGACGCCUAUUUAUUAG